AUGGAACGAAAGUUUCUGCGUCCCAAUAAAAUGCGCCCUUCGCCAUUGGAAGAAAACUUUUGGGAAGCUGAACUGGAGCGAGAGAGGGCGAAAAUAUCGUUGGGAAAUGGCGCCACAGAGACUGAGAGGGCGUACGCGAAGGACUGCGAGUUUGGGCGAGAAAUCGCUCCGGUGGCCGUGAAUAUCACCGGAAAUCAGUACGAGAAUCUGAUCUCGUUGAGUUUCGAUCAAGACGAGUUGUUACGACGCGAGGAGAUGAAGAGGGAGAGGGUGCGCAAGAAUAUCAUUAAUAAUACGUUGUAUAAUAGUAAUAAAUAA